UAAAAAUGGGUUCGGGUUAGUAGAAAAUCCAUUCCAAUAUUCCAUAACCAAUAACCAACCCGAUACCCGAAUUUCAGUAUUUUAAUUUUUCGAAACGAAAAUUGUCUGCUCAGCGCGGCAAACGCUUGGACCAAAACAUUAGGGCUUCUGGGCGGUCAUUUCCAAUUUCGGUUCCAGCAGAAUGGAGGGAAGAAUAGACAGAGGGGCUUCAGGGACGGUCGAUUUCUCCGGCCAUCUCCGGCCUGCAGUGGAUUUGACCGGCGGCGUACACCAGCUGCCGUGCUGUAUCAAGUACAACGGACCCUCCGAGGUCUCUCACUACUUCAGACCCAAACAUACUGAGGUGGUGCUUGAUGGACUAAUCGUGGAGGAAGCUCAUUUUAGAGGAAGGAAGCUCCAGGGCGCCACUCUUCCGAUACCACAAGGAUACUCCGGAUUUGUCUUGGGAAAGAGAAAGCCUGAUGGAAAAGCAAAUACGUCUCAGGAAAACUCAAAUUGCUGGGAGAUGAAGGCAAAGUUCCAAAACGUAACAUAUUGGAAUCAUGAUACACCUCCCUCACAAAAUGAUGAUUUAUCGCGUGCAUUUCACCUGUUUGCUGUUGCAAAAUCACUUCAUCGACCGGUGAGCAUUGAGGAUCUGGAAUCCGCACAAAUUGAUUGAGACGAGACCUUGAAUAACAAGUUGAUUGACAAAUGCUAAAGGACUCAGUCUUAUGUUGUGUAUGCUUAAUCCAUUUUAAUUAAGCAAAAAGUUUUUGGUAUUUCAUUUGGUAUCAUGAUUCCCAAUCUUGGGUAGCUGCACACACCCUAUUCCAGGGAUAUGAUUGUAUAUAAUCCCAUUGUAAUUCUAUGGUUUAAGCGAAUUUAUGUCUUUAGUUU